AUGUCUCAAGUUGGCAAAUGCCAAUCGAGUCUGCUGUAUGCGCGCCGACACUUCAUCUGUGACGCGGCCGCCAGCUAUGAUCAGCUACUUCAUCACUACGUCAGCUUGGACGCUAGUGCGGAAGUACUGGAAACCUGUCAACAAUAUGGUGAUGCGAUGCCUAAUUUGUGGUUAUUGGCCUUGCGCUACUUCGCAACGGAACCGGACCACUCAGACGAAUUACAACAAGUUGUGUCCGGUACGUCUCUCUCUUUCUCUCUCGUUCGUUGUAUCUCUUGUUCUAUUUGUCUUCUAUGA